AUGAUUGCCUGCUGUGAGACUACAAACAUGUCUGAUAACAUUGACUGGUUACAUAGCCGCAGAGGCGUCUGCAAGGUAGAUCUCUAUAGCCCAACAGGACAACGAGAUCAGGACCGAAAAGUGAUAUGCUUUGUGGAUGUGUCCACCCUGAAUGUGGAAGAUAAAGAUUGUAAGGGUGCUACCGGUUCCAGGUCAGAAGGCAAAUUAAACCUGGAGAAUCUGGAAGAAAAAGAGAUUAUAGUAAUCAAGGACACUGAAAAGCAAAACCAAUCUAAGAUGGAGGGGUCUGUGUGUCUUUUCAAACAAGCUCCUUCUGAUCCUUUAAGUGUCCUCAGUUGGCUCUUCAGUGAUCUCCAGAAGUAUGCCUUGGGCUUUCAACAUGCACUUAGCCCCACAGCCUCUAGUUGUAAACAUAAAAUAGGAGAGAUAGAGGGUGAAUGUUACAAAAUGCCCUCUGAGAACUGCUGCAGUGUAUAUGCUGAUCAACUGAACCUGAGCCAUACAGCCAAUGGACCCCAAAGCCUACGUCUAGAAAUGACAGCAGCUAAAAACACUAACAAUAACCAAAGUCCCUCAAAUCCUGCAACCAAACCUCCUAAUAAUCCCAGGUCAUCUGCCAUCCCUGAUGAAGAAUGUCCUAUGGAUGACCUUUCCUUCUAUGUCAACCGACUGUCUUCUCUGGUCGCUCAAAUGGCCCGUAAGGAAAUCAGGGAUAAAUUGGAAUGUGGAAGCAAAUACCUCCAACAUUCAAUGUAUCCCGCUGCAGACAAAGGAAAAAAUAACCCCCGCAGUGCUGUCAGCAAGAUUGCUUCUGAAAUGGCCCGUGAAGCUGUAGAAUUGACCUCGGCAGAAAUGCAUGGCACUGGGGAGGAGUGUCGCGAUGGCCGGAAAACCUUUCUGUACAGUGAAUUAUCUAAUAAGAACAAAUGUGGAGAAAGGCAGAUGUGCCAGAGAGAUGGUAAAGAAUUUGCAGAUUCCAUCAGCAAAGGGCUCAUGGUUUAUGCAAAUCAGGUGGCAUCUGACAUGAUGGUCUCUGUUAUGAAAACAUUGAAAGUGCACAGCUGUGGGAAGCCAAUUCCAGCUUGUGUGAUCCUGAAGAGGGUGUUGUUAAAGCAUACCAAGGAAAUUGUGUCUGAUCUGAUUGAUUCUUGCAUGAAGAACCUGCAUAACCUUACUGGGGUCCUAAUGACAGACUCAGAUUUUGUCUCUGCUGUAAAAAGAAAUCUAUUCAAUCAUGGAAAACAAAAUGCUGCAGAUAUUAUGGAGGCCAUGCUGAAACGUUUGGUCAAUGCCCUUCUUGGCGAGAGGAAAGAGACUAAAUCUCAGAGUCUGGCAUAUGCAACUUUGAAAACUGGGAUCCAUGAUCCAAAAUGCAAGAAUCAGAGCCUUGAAUUCUCAGCUAUGAAAGCUGAGAUGAAAGGAAAGGAUAAAUGCAAGGUGAAGACAGAUCCAGGCAAGUCACUGGUGAGUGCUGAGAAAGUCGGUGAACAUAUCCUUAAGGAGAGUCUCACCAUGUGGAACCAGAAGCAAGGAAACCAAUGCAAGAUGACUAGCAAAAUCACCACCUGUAAAGAUGAGAAGAGAGGAAAUCUCAGCCCUUCUACAGAUUCAUUGGCCAAGGAUCUGAUUGUAUCUGCCCUUAUGUUAAUUCAAUACCAUCUAACACAGCAGGCCAAGGGCAAAGAUGCAUGUGAAGAUGACUGCCCUGGUUCCUCUAUGGGGUAUAUGUCCCAUAGUACUCAGUAUGAAAAGUGUGGAGGUGGUCAAAGUUCUAAAUCUCUCUCAAUGAAGCAUAUUGAAACUCGUGGAAAUCCUGGACCAUCCACAUGUGUAAAGGAAAAUCAACAGCUGGAUUCCCAGAAAUUGGAUAUGUCAAACAUGGUACUAUCACUGAUUCAGAAACUCCUUAGUGACAGCCCCUUCAGCUGUGAUGAACUAUCUGAAAAUGAGAAAUGUUGUGACCCCAGAACAAACAAAGGGGCUUCCGUGUCUAAGAGACCUGACAGAGGGGAAGAGCAAUGCCAGGACAGUACAGAAAUGGACUUCAUCAGUGGAAUGAAGCAAAUGAACCGCAAAUUUAUAGAUCAACUGGUAGAAUCUGUGAUGAAAUUAUGCCUUAUCAUGGCUAAGUACAGCAACAAUGGGGCAGCUCUUGCUGAGCUGGAAGAACAAGCAGCUUUAAUGAGCAAAACCAAUUUCAAUUGCUCCAGAAGUUGUCGUGAAGGUACGAUGUCGCAGAACUAUAGAGAUACUCCUGGGCCUGAAGUUAUUAUCAACAAUCAGUGCUCCACAAGUAACUUACAGAAGCAGUUGCAGGCUGUCUUGCAGUGGAUGGCUGCCUCUCAGUUUAAUGUGCCCAUGCUCUACUUCAUGGGAGACAACGAUGGACAACUGAAGAAGCUCCCUGAAGUUUCAGUCAAGGCAGCAGAGAAGGGGUACAGUGUAGGAGAUCUUCUUCAGGAGGUUAUGAAGUUUGCCAAAGAACGACAACUGGAUGAAGCUGUGGGUAACAUGGCUAAAAAGCAACUGCUAGACUGGCUUCUCGCUAACCUGUAA